UCUAUGCUACAUGCUUCGGUAGUUGGUGCUGUAACGGUAGAGGGUUUAUGUUAUAAUAGAUCAAGAGAUCAGUGUCAUCAGUAAAUAUCAUCCAUGUUGUAGGUACAGAUAAUCAGCUGACAUUAUUUCACAUUCACAGUCAAUAAUAAAGAAAGCAUAGGCUGACUAUUUAUUUAACAAAUUUCUGUUUUCUAGCUCCAGCAUUGAGUAACAAUUUCACUCGUGUCCUUUUGUAAUGGUGAUCAGAUUAUUCAUUUUCAACGUUCGAAGUAAGUCUUGUUCAUUUUCUGGUAUAGUAAAUUGAUAAUAUUCAAAUCUGAGAUAGUUUUGUAACUUUAUAGGCCUAUUGUAGUAUUGGGUGAUAUAUUUCUUUCAUAAUGUGGUUUACAUCCCUUGAAUAUUGUGUCAUCAAUAGCAAUGAAAGAUAUUCAUGUGAUGAGGAAAAAGAAAAGACCCAAGAAAAAGUACUGCGUUUUGGAUCAUUAUGAGCAGCAGAAUGUUUGCAAUAGCAGUUUCUCAUCUCUAGAGAGGAUGGAUAUUACAACAGAAGUAUAUGAAGGCCAACUUUCCAAGUACACAAAUGUCGUAAAGGGUUGGCAAUAUAGGUGGUUCAUUUUGGACCCCAAAAAAGGAAUUCUAAACUAUUAUUUGAAUGAGACGGAAAGAAGGCAGCAACCAAGAGGCUGGGUCCACUUGGAAGCAGCCGUCAUAUCUCCCAGUGAUGAGGACUCGAAUACUUUCACAGUGAACUCAACGUCGGGAGAACUGUUCAAGCUGCGGGCCCAAGACGCACGCGCUCGUCAAGAAUGGGUUAAUAGAUUACGAGCUGUGGCUGAAUAUCACGCUAAUGCUAUUGCUCAAAAGAACCCUCCACUACCUUUGAGAGAACACCUGAUGAAAUGUUCAAACGUGACACCAUCUUCCUUAGCCGUAUGGGAUGCCUUCUCAGCUGUUCGGGAACAUUUGUUUCGCGCUGAGCAAAGUCAUGUCUCACUUUCCAAAUCAAUAGAAGAAUUACCAUCGUGUGGUGUUUUAAGGAACGUGGACCAAGAGUUACUGAUGUUGAAGGCUGUCUCGCAAACAAUGCUGCUAUCCCUAAGCCAAUGCCUGGUUACUUUGCAGCAACAGCACUGUUGUCAUCCCAAGAGUAAAGGCGGGUCUGAGAAGAAGAAGCACACUGCGUAGCAUGAAACUAUGCCUAUUCCUGCCAUGCACUCUCCAAGCAUUCCCUAACCAACCACAUUAGUUUGAUAAACAUUAUUUUUGUGUACCUAUUGUGUUAGGUUAGUGUAUAAUCACAUUUGUUACAAUGUGAAGAAAACUAGGUUGAAAAACUGUUUUCCAAAUAUAACAAAGAAGCCUUCCUAAUCCAGAGACUUGAUUUAUUAUGAGGAAAUCGUUAGAAAUCACGUCAACUUACAGCUUUCGCCUAUUGUUGCUCAACUUAGUUUCUUAUUUGACGGUGUGGUAUUUUUAGACAAUUUUGAACCAGACAUUAUUGCUUCCCAUCAGGUUAUUUAUUUUUGUUGAAAAUAUGUGUAAAUAAAUACGAAUUUCUUCCGUAGAAGUAAUAUUAUCUCAAACCAGGGCGUUUUUGAGGAAGUUGAUCAAAAGACUUAUUGAUAAGCGAACUAGGCAGUGGAAAGAAAUGUUGUGAUGCUUGCAAUACAUUACUUAGUGUGCAUAUCCUGUUAAUAAUAAGGUUAGUUAUCUUGCAGAUAACUAUUCAAUAGGUAGUUAAUUGGUAUCAUGAAUCUAUAUAUGCUUGUGGAUAUUAAUCAAUAUAAGACGUUAAUUUCUCUCGAGAGAUGCAAUGAUUAACAUUAUUUUCAAGGACGUCUUAUCUAAGAAAUCAAAGAUACGCUUGUGGUCUUUCCUAGACCAUAAAAUCUAACUACAGUAGUAAUUACAGGCCACCAUGUUAAUAAAACAAUCAAUUGUUAUUAUAUUUGUUAUGUUUGUGAUUAUUUUUAAACUUCGAAUAGACUGUAUGGUAGACAAUAUAUUAUCAUCAUCUUACCAAUAUAUUAUAGUAAUCAUGCCAUUCAAAGCUCUUAUCAUUCCUUCGAUUCAUAUUAAUUACUCCUUAAUAAUUCUUUAAUAAGCAAACUGAUAUUUGUAUUUAGUUUCAAAUUGAAAACAUUAUUUCAAGUAUUAUCCCAUUUCGAUUAGCUUAUUUAUAAUUAGGAACAUUGUUUCAGUAUGACUGUUUUCAGUCGAAUGUUCUGUACACUCAUUUUUGUUUAAUCAAUCUAUUCAUAGAAAUCAAUUCAAUCUAUUCAACCAGGAAGAUACUUUAUCGUCCUCAUAACGCUUACUAUAUGAUACAAAUACGAAGCACCAAAUUUUACAUCAAUAUGUAAUUUAAACCAAUCUUGUAAGAGUAGUAUAUAUUUUUUGAAAUGAUUUAAUUUGUGAAAACAUUCCAAAGGUUGAGUAUAAUGAGAAAACGUAAGACGCAAGAUAGCAUUCAAUCACAAUCCUUAGAUCUAACAAAUUAAACAAAAAUGAUCAAUUUACUUAUGUAAACUAAUUAUUAUAUAUUUUAGGUAUUAGAUGCUUCACAUAGUGAAUGAAAUUAAUAAAAUAUUUUUGUCCAUUUGAUAAUAACUCGUGGAUAAUAUCACUAUGAUGAUAUCUUAAUGGAUUAUUUUAAUAAGAAAUUCUAGUGAUAUCCCAUGAUUAUCAUCAAUAAUUAUUGUACUCUGUAACAUCAGAAAGCAUUUGCUUCAGCUCUUUAUAAAUUCCCCACCGUAUAUUUAUCCCUUUUAGUUUACAGUUUCAAUUGCACUUAUGCCUCUAUUCCCUUACCUGAUGUUAAGAACAGUUUUUUGUUCAACUUGUUAAUGGAACUUAGACAGAAUGCUUAAAUGUUUAUUACUUUCCGAUAAUUCAUACAACUCAUUUAAUACUUAUCUGAAGUACAUUUAGGUUAAAAAAUUUGUGUAAUAAAUUGAUUGCCAUUGCAUUGAUUUUAGUUAAUUAACUACAGUCCAAAGAGCGAGCACCUCACUCUUUAAACUUAUUUUAUUCCUCUAAGAGGCAUUGAAAUAUAAGAAUCCAAUUUUUUGAAUCCGAUAUGUACUAUAAUAUUUUGGACAUGAAUAAGAUACAUAUCCAUCUUAAGUUUACGUGGAAUGUAUACAUUGAAUAAAAUUGAAUAGUUUCCAAUUUAUUUGUUAUACCUUAUUAUUUUAUCGACCAAUGUUAUUACAUUUGUGUCAUUUACUUUGUAAAAAAUAAAUAAAAUAAGAUAACAAGCCACAAAACACAUUUGAUAUGUAUUUGUCGACUGCUUUUCUCAACUUAUUAAAAUUUACUAAGAAUUGAUAGAUGUAUCUGUAAAAUUAAAUUUGUGAUUGAAUCAGGCAAUAGUUGAAAAUUGUAAAAAUUUAUAUUUUAAAUAUUUCAGCUUCGACACCUCAUUUAGAGUGUUAGAAGCUAACUUGUGGCUCAAUCAAGUCAUGAGUCUUUAGUAGCCUACUAUACAAUACUGGAUUUUGAAUUGAACAGGUUAUUAAUCAAUUUAAAAAUUUUUAAUUUUUGUAAAGUCUAGACGUCAUGAAUAUCUCAUUCUCAAGCUCUGGAAUGUGCCAUUAAUAGAAUAUCAAACAUUAUUUUUGCUGAAAAUGUUGAUUUCAGCUCACCCUGACAUUAUAUGUCUAGAAGAUUCCGAUAAGAUUAAUGUUGUAUUGAUUUGUUCAAAUAUAUUUUCUUUGAGUUUUGGUUUUAUAGGAAAUGUUUUGGAAGACUUUGAAACUCAAAUGUGAUUAAUCCAAUAACACAUUAAUCUUAUGGAAUCGAAAUCUAAACGAGUUGGGGUGAUACAAUCUGUUAGAGUUACUGCUGCUCGGCAUCUCUAUUUUAUUGAAAAAAUAUUGUACAAGAUUUAUUGAGAAUUUUAGACUAAUAAAAUUUUCUAUUGUUAA